AUGCUCUGCAGCUUCAGCUCCCUCGCUUGCGCAACGAGUAGCGCCUUGCUUGAGCAUGCCGAUCGUAACAAGAUUCGACAGGCAAAACAUCCCAUUUAUUGCCAAAAGAGGGGUUCAAUGAUUAUGGCCAAGGCUCUUCUGUGGAUGAGACCGCUCACGAUGAGCAUUAUCAAUAUAUUUAGGACUCUGAGGAUGAAAAUCUUGACUUGGCCUUUACUGCAAUUCUGUAAUGAGGUAGGCGCCCUGCCUGCCAAGCCAAUACUAUACGACUUUCCCCACUGUACCAAAAGUAUGAUAUAUAUAUAG